AUGCCUCUCUUCAGUAAAACAAAAGACGGUGGCCAACAGGAUCGAGAACCACGCGAUGCUACCGACGAGUCGUCCGAAACUGCACCGCCCGAUGAGCAUACCCGCCUGCUCCCUAAUCGCGUCGACGCAAGCAGAGACUCGAAUCGAAACUUGCUCACGCCAGACGACCCCGCCGUAUCCCCGUAUAAUUUAUGGAGUAUUCGUGUCCUGCGCUACUUGACCCUGGUCUUCACGGCCAUUACAUUCGUCUGGUGGGUUCUCCUGCUGGUCUCUGCCUUUGCGACACCACCGGGGUUGCACACGCGAGGCAGCAGCUUCUUUGCCUUUGGAUUUACGACCUUGACCAUGGCGAAUCUGGGCUUUGUUCUGAUCUUCUUUGGCGUGCCGAGCAAAUCGGAGAGGAUCCUGGCCUUUGUAAUGGCGUUCCUCUUACUUCUUGAUAUGAUUCUCCUCCUUGCGGUGCAGCAGACGCGAUACGAAGAAGGAUGGGUAGGCAUUGUGAGCGCUGUUUGGGCUUUGCUCAUGAGUCUCUGGAGCAUCCUUACAGACCGCAUGGUCAAAUGGGGCAAGCAAGAGGAAGAACAGAGGCUUACGGGCCGCGCCGAGACGAGGCGAACCCUGACUGAAUGGUCGGCGGUCGUCGUGUCAACCAUUGCCUUUGUCGUCAUGGUUGUUGCCGUCGCUCUCAUCACGCUUACGAUUAUUCUGCGAGCGUUGGAUGCUCGCUUUUCUGGUCCCGGGAAAAUGUACAGUGUUGACGGGAACAAGUACCGCAUUCACGUAUUCUGCCACGGAAACAGGACCAAGUCACGUGGGGAGGAAGUUCCUACUGUGCUCUUCGAGGGAGGAGAACGACCCGUUGAACAAGGCCUAUGGCUCUUUGCAGACAACGCCGUCAAGAAUGGCUCCAUCUCACGAUACUGCUUCGUCGACCGCCCGGGAAUAGCAUGGUCAGACACCGCACCGUCCCCUCUAUCAGCCGGCUUCACAGUCGAUGUUGUCAGUGAAGCUCUCGCCAAAGCCGGCGAGCAGGGGCCCUGGGUUCUUGCCAGUGCAGGCAUCGGCUCUCUCUACUCCCGGGUAUUCUCCUCCCGCCAUGGACAUGACGUGAAGGGUCUCGUGUUCAUCGAUCCUCUCCACGAGGACUUGCUUGGUCCAUGGGCUUCUCCGACCCGGGGAUUCCUCCUCUGGCUCCGUGGCGUCAUCUCCCCCCUGGGACUAGACCGUCUUCCGGGCGCCAUUUUCAGGGGCCGAAAGUCUGGUGCUGGACUCGUUCACGAAGCGCGAUGUCAGGAGCAGUCGCCAGAUUCAAGACAAUGA